AUGUUCUUAUAUCCCGGUUACGGGACGCUGGAUCGCGUUGAUCACUCCAACCCGGGGUUUCACACGCUGACGCAGCCAUUCGAACCAAUUCUAACGCCCGAUGACUCGUCUGAAGCUUUUAUUCUUUACCGCCAGCAUCACCAAGCUGCGGUCACGGCCCAGCAUCCGCGACUCCCCAAUCCCGAUGUGUCCAAGAUCAUUGGGGAGCAGUGGCGUAACGAAAAUGAAACCGUCAAAGAGUACUGGAAGAAGUUGGCCGAAGAGGAGAAGAGACGCCACCAUGAGCUAUACCCUGACUAUCGAUACACUCCUAGACGGGGUGCUAGAUCGUCGGGGGCUAGGCCUUCUUCUGUCUCGUCGGACGAGGGGGCAGGUGUGGCAAGUGCGGCGGCCGACUCAUCGCAACGCCCCGCACGCCCUCGGCCCAGCUUCCGCCUUUGA